AUGACAAGGCGAAAGGUCGGCGUAGAACGGAGUCCAUUACAAGAGGUAGCAUCGAAUGCAUUUCGUAAAACACGGAAAGUUGACUCGCGUUCUGGUGCAAAAAUUUUGAAAAAAGAGGACGGAUUUCGGUAUUCAGAUGAGGCGACGAAGUUUAGUGAUGAUUCCUGCCCUCUUUCGCCAAGUGAAAGAGUGAAAAAUCACCUACCCAAAGUUGGCUCUAACGACAGCGAUCUCUUUGACGAUAACUGUUCAGGUGGAGUAUCUCCUGAGUCUACUUGUUUAAACAAUUCAUUUUAUAAUGACACAAAUGUAGCAAAUGCUUUAUUAAUCCGUCCAGACAUUGCUAACACGUACCGAACUCCUGGGUCUUCACGAUAUGCUGCUAGAUUUACUAAUUGCGAUACAGCAGUGGAUUACUUCGAUAAAAUGGAAAUACCAUCGGAAAUUAUUAUCACAAUUUUUAAAUAUCUGAAUAAAAAAGAUCUCAUGUGUGCGAUUAUGACUUGCAAACGAUUUUACAAUGCGGGAAGUGACUCAUCGCUUUGGGAAACGGCUGAUGUUUCUGAGAGGAUACUGUCGGAAAAUGCUGUUCACGCUCUUUUAGCUCGUGGUGUUAAAGUUUUGAAACUCACUGGAUCUACUGUUCACAGUUCAUCCUUGAAAACUCCUCCCCUUUCGCCUUGUGUGCUGCGCGAGUUUGCAAGAGUUAAUUACCUCGACUGUAGUAAAGCCGUCUUUUCUAACAUAUCUGUUGUCGUUGCUUUGCUGGCAAGAUGCAGUGCUUUACAGGGGCUUGCUUUCGAAAAUAAUUUUUUGGAUGACCAAGUAUGCAAGGAGAUAUCGAAGAACUCUGGUUUGAGAUAUCUGAGCUUACCAAUGUGCUCUGGGUACACUUCUUUAGGCCUGAAAGAGAUAUGUAAAGGAUGCAAAAGUCUGAUCGAGGCAAACUUUGCAUGGUCCUCGUUCAAUGCCGACCAUGUUGAAAUCUUAUGUAACUGUCUUCCAGCCUCACUGCUGCGUCUAGACAUUUCUGGAAUAAUUGACCCUCAUGCUUUACUUGAUAAAGAUGUAGUAAAACUAACCAGAACAUGCCCAAAACUUAUCGAUAUUGACAUGAGCGAUUGUCCAUCGGUUACCAGUGUUUCAAUAAAGCGACUUUUGGGGCUUUCUUCACUGAAAGGGCUUACUUUGUCUCGGUGUUAUGGGAUUGAUGUCACUACGUUUAUGUUGACUACAAAGCUAUCAUAUCUCAAUAUCUUUGGCUGUGUAACUGAAGAAGGGCAGAAACUACUGCGGCAUCAUCUGAAGGACGUUCGAGUCAAUGAAAUUCCUUACACCGAGAUUGCUCGGCCAACUCGUAGUAAGGGUUUCACGAUGAUUUGGAAUAAGCCAGUAGUUGAUUUAUACUGA